AUGAUUUUGGCAGACGAUCUCAUCGAAGCCUCCAGCAGCGUAGGUGACAUGAUCUUCUUCUCUGGAAUGCUGCGCCGCAUCGCAGCCAAGGUUUCCAAGAUUUGCAACGAUUUGCGGCUCUUGUCCUCAGGGCCACGCUGUGGACUCGCGGAGAUCAACUUGCCACCAAAGGCACCAGGCUCGUCGAUCAUGCCGGGGAAGGUCAACCCAGUGAUUCCAGAGGUGAUGAACAUGUGUGCGUUUGAAGCGAUGGGGAAUGACGUGACGGUGGCAAUUGGCGCCGAGGCUGGACAGCUGGAGCUGAACGUGAUGGAGCCUGUAAUCAUCUACAAGCUCUUCAGCACCCUGAGAGUACUGGCACGAGGCAUCAACACUCUUCGGAGCCACUGCAUCGAAGGGAUCACUGCCAACAAGGAGCACUGCAAGGACAUGGUCUACAACAGCGUGGGCGUGGUGACCGCCCUUCUUCCCCACAUCGGCUACAAGAAGUGCACCGAAGCAGCCGCCAUGGCUGUAAAGGACAAGCGCCCUGUCGCCGACAUCAUUGUCGAGCUCGGCUUCUUGAAGAGAGACGAGGCCUUCUCCUCUUUGGAGCCAGCACGAGAGGCCGCCGCAGAGUUGCUUUUUAAGCUGGUCCGGUCCGCCAUGGAUCCUAGUGGUUUCAAACGCGAAGAUAUAUGGAGACCGGAGUCGUUGCGGGAGGCUUGUAGGGAGGACGACGAUUGGGGAGGGGUCCAGUGGGCCUUGGAUGCGGGUGCCCCCGAUCUCCCGGCCUUUGCACAGGUGCUCAAGUUCCCGUUGGGGGAGAGAACCUCGAAGCCUGAAGUGGUAUGCAGCAUCCCAAACGAAGAUGAUGAGGCAGAAGAAGAGGAAAAGCCAAAAGAGUGUGACCCGGAAUGCCAUGAGCAAGUUUCAGCCGAAGGAGUUGCUAGCGUGUCAAGGUGGUCCACGAAGCGCCCGCGAGAGGAUUCAGAGUGGGCGUUUCUCGUGGUCUCGAGGGCCAUCGCACCAGUAUAUGACAUGGCUGUUCGUGCCUGCCGUGCUGUUUGUGUCGGCGCGGAAGAGGCGUCGUCCCUGGCUGAGGAGAUGCUCUUCGACAUCGUGGACGACUCCUUCCGCGGAGGUGCUGAGGCUUGUGCUCGUGUGCGCUGGCGUCGGGAUGAAGUGAGCGGCUACAAGUCUGACACAUAUGAGAAGCUUUGGCAUUCCUGUGAUGCUGGACGGCCUCCUGCGGGUCCUUUUGCCAAGGUGGAAGUAUGGAAGUUGCCCAUUGAUGCCUCUGAGUCUGACAUCAUCUUGAGCUGCCUAGAAGCGGAUGGCUACAUUGCAUGUACGACACUUUCCGGUGAGCCAGUGGCCAAAGUGGAAGUUCCGUCAGGAUGCGACAACUGGAGGAAAUGGAUUGCUACAGCCCCACGAGAAGUAAAAUCAGCGACUUCAAGCUUCAAUGGCAAGCUGAAGCUCAUAGAUCAGGAUGGUCAUAUCCUCGCGAAGCUACCGAACCCCCGCCACCCUACACUGACAUUUCAGCUGCCCCCGCGCAGGUGA